AUGGCGGACCAUAAACACAAGUACGAGUUUGGUGGUCCACGAGAUCAUAUUAGGUAUCCGCCUGAGUAUUCACCGGCUAACUUCGCCUGCAUUAGCCCCGGUGCCCCCGUCAUCAUUCUCGGACUUCCUGCUCUCUUGUGGGCUCUCUUCUUUGUCUGCAAUGACAAGACCGGGUGCCCGGCCCCUGCCACUCUCAGUCUGUCCACUUUCACCUUCGACAAGCUAAAGGCAGAGACGCCAUGGCCGGCCGAUGGUAUUUGGGGGUUCUGUAGCUGGAGAGUUAUGGGCUGGACUCUGGCCUAUUACUUCCUUAGCCUGAUUCUAUACUGCGUGCUGCCUGCCCAAGACCUUCUCGGUGCAAAGUUGGUCCAGUCCGGUCGCCCUCUCAGAUAUCGCUUCAACUAUAGGCAUACCCCUCUUGUCUCUAUAAGGGUACUAGACUAUCGCUGCAUCACAGCUUUCACUUCUACACUUGUUCAGAUUGUGGCUCUAGCUAUUGCCAACAUUAUCCUGGCCUAUACUAUUAGCGUAUACGUCUAUGUUGCUAGCUCCAGUGUGAAGCCUGGCAACCCGGAGCUCCGCGAGCUGGCCAGCGGCGGCAACAAAGGCUGA